CUUUGAAUUUUGCAAAGAAUAUUAUGUCAAAUGAAAAAUUUUAAAUUUUAAAUUUAAUUUUAUAUUAAUUCCAUUAGAAGUAAAAAAAAUCGAAUUUUGUAAAUACUAAAUUGUGAGUUUAUUCAAAUCAAAUAAAUUUUUAAGUAUUACAAUUUAUUAGUUUAUUUUUGUGACCUUAUUUUUUUUGUAGUUAUUUUAAACUAAUUCUUGAUAAUAUGGCUUUUAAAAUAAAAAAAUUUGAAAAAAUGAUCCGUGGAAAUCCUGUUCCUGAACAAAAAUCUUACGAGAAACAAGAAACUAUUAAUGAGAUAACAUUUAACGAAUUAGAAGCUCUUAAGCAACGCAUAUUUGUCAAUUCAUUAAGUCAUAUUAAGGAUGAUGAUUUAAGAAAAAAGUGCUCAGAUAUAUCUACUCAUUAUAGACUUUUCAAAGAUGACGAGUCACAUUAUAAAAUAAAGGAAUUUUCAGAUGAUGAAAAAGAUAAAUUUAAUAAAUGCAUCGAAGAAUGUAUACAAAAAGAGUGUGCUUUGAUUAUUAAUGAAAAAGAAUCUAUCCCGGCAGAUUUGUUAAAAUUAAUUGAAUCUGAACCAGUUAUGCCAGAUAUUAUUAAAAAUAAAUUAAAUAAUAUGUUGACUCUUUUAAAUAAGUAUACAAACAAUCAAAAAGAGAUACACAAUUCUAUAUUUACGUUAUUAGAUAGUAGCUAUAUCAAUAUUUUAGAAGCCCAACAAUUAUCAAAAAAAGUAGAUGCUCUUAAAGCUAAUUCAAGUAAGUUACAGAGUGAUAUGAUCAGUAAAUUGUCUUGUUCAGAAGAACUAUUUAAUUCAUUGGAAAAAUACUACAAUGUUAAAGAAAAAAAAUAUGAAGCAGAUUUAGCCAAGUUUGAAGAAUUACAGAAACUACAAGAUAAAUAUAAGCUUGUAGAUGGUCCACAGUUUAAAGAUUUAGUUAAACGAUUUAAACAAACACAGGAAAUCAUUAAAAUUAAAACAGAAAUGUUAAAUAGUUACUAAAAAAAUUAUUUUAUUUUAUUCUGUGAAAAAAAUUGAUCAUAAAUGUGAUUUAUACCUAAUUUACUAUGGAUUAGUUUUUAGAGGAAUGUUGGACUAUUUAUAAAUGUAAAAAAAAAUAAUAUAUAAAAGUAUAGAUCACUUUAUCAAUAAUUAGAGUGAGGAUAAUAAUUUAUCUUUUAAACUUUUAUCUAAAUUAAUUUAUUAUAAAUAGAUACCAAUACAAUCAUUACAUUUUUAUUCUUUAUGUAUCUUAGGUGUGUCAGUGUGUGCCACUAGAAAUGUUAAUUAUUUGAUACUGUGAAAAAAAAAUAAAGGAUAAAUGCAUGAUAAAUGAAAAUA